UAAUACCAUCCUUGAAUUCGUGUCUUAUCUGUCAUGAGGAGGCGGCACAAUUUGCACCCCACCAACUUUUGUUCUUCCAUUCUUGCAAUUUCUGCAUCUUCCACGCCAAAAUGACUGCAGAAGCGCAAGAAGUGGCAGCCACAUCAUCCCAACCACUCCCCAAUCAAGAGAAGCCUGCGACCCUUCGAAAUGAAAUUGUCUGCUCGGUUGAACAAGGGGACUCAGAAGAAGCCCCAAAUUACCUUUCAGGCAUCAAACUUCACCUCCUUACCGUCGCUCUAUGCCUGAGUAUUUUCCUCGUCAAUUUUGAGAUUUCUGUAGUCAGCACUUCGCUCGUAGCAAUCACAGAUGGACUUAAAGCGUUUGGACGGAGCAGCUGGAUCGUCACUGGAUACCUUAUAGCAUAUACAACGUUCAUGGUAGUGUUGGCCAAACUUAGCGACAGCUUCGGCCGGAAAACCGUCCUGGUCACGUCGCUCGCUCUCUUCACCAUAUUUUCUGGUGCAUGUGGAGCUGCUCAGACCAUGAAUCAAUUAAUUGUCUUCCGAGCUUUUCAAGGACUUGGGGCGUCCGGUGUAUUCUGGUACUAUGGCUCUACUCUGGUUCUUGUCGUACUAUUUGAGAUGUUACCUCCCGAGAAAUACCCAGUUUAUUCAGUGCUGGUCACUGCACUCUUUGCAAUAUCAAUGUUUGCAGGACCGCUUGUUGGGGGGGUAAUAAAUACGAACACGACCUACCGAUGGGUGUUCCUCCUCAAUGUUCCCGUUGGUGCUUUUGCUCUUGUCUUGCUCCUUGUCUGCAUACCCACCAAUUUCCCCUACCAUGGCCAGCAUAGCCGAAAGCGCUCUUCACACAUCCGCAACGUCGACAUGAUUGGAGCUAGUCUCAUGCUCAUCACUCUUACGCUUCUCAUCACUGGAUUUGAGGAAGCGAGUGAUUUUUCGCCAUGGGUUUCGGCGGAGGUCCUUGUACCUAUAUUACUUUCGAUACCAUUUUUAGUAAUGUUUCUUUUCUACGAGCGAUGGGUCACGCUUAAAGGUGAUGACCGCCCUGAACCUAUAUUCCCUUGGCGAUUCUGCAAAAGUCGAGUGAUCAUGGGCAUUUACGUAAACGCCUUCCUAGUUGGCGCCAUCUUUGUCACCUGCAUCAUUGAAAUUCCGCUCCGGUUCCAAGUUGUAAAUCAUGAAUCUCCAUGGAAAGCUGGCGUACGGUUGGUCCCGUUCUCUAUACCUGUUCCCGUUGGCGCUGGUCUAGUGGCUGCGCUCUGUGGGAAGCGCAGAUUACCUCCUAUCUAUCUCCUCUUUGUGGGGUCAACAUUGCAACUCUUGGGACUUGUUUUUAUGUCAAGGAUGACACUGGACGAAAUCCAGUGGCAGGGACAGUAUGGACUGCAGACAAUUGCAGGACUUGGGUGUGGCUUAACAAUCGGGGUAUCAACAUUAUUAAUGCCAUUCGUGAUCGAGAAGAGAGAUCUUGCGACCUCGACCUCGGCUGUGGUCCAGUUCCGACUCCUUGGUGGGGCACUUGCGGUUGCCAUUGUAACUGCGGUAAUGAACAACGACGUCAGGCGAACCCUUCUUCCUUUAAUGAGUCCUGGGGAACUAGCCCAAAUUCUCCGGACAACUGAGGCCAUCGAAGAACUCAAAGAACCUUUGCGAACAAUAGUUAAGGAUGCCUUCUUGAAGGGCUACAACAUGCAGUUGCGGAUUCUCUUUGGGUUUGCCGCAGUGGAAAUCCCUGCGACAAUCUUUAUGUGGCAGAAAGUACCUGUCAAGAUAGCCUAG